AAUGGCGCCUCGUCCGCCCCCCAUCCACCGCUUGUGCGUGCGCAUCCUACUAGUGUCCUUCGUGGCGGCGCACCGGCUGGUGCCGCCCUGCUCGGGCUCGUUCUACGACUUCCCCUUCCCCGCGGCCGGCAAGCGGCAUGACUACCGUGACGCGCUGGCCAAGUCCAUCCUCUUCUUCGAGGGCCAGCGCUCGGGGAGGCUCCCGCCGGGUCAGCGCGCGUCGUGGCGCGGGGACUCCGGCGUGUCGGACGGCGCCGCGGCCGGGGUCGACCUGGAGGGCGGGUACUACGACGCCGGCGACAACGUCAAGUUCGGCUUCCCCAUGGCGUUCACCACCACCAUGCUGGCCUGGAGCGUCAUCGAGUUCGGCGACUCCAUGCCCCGCGACGAGCGCCGCCACGCCGCCGCCGCCGUCCGCUGGGCCACCGACUACCUCCUCAAGACCCUCGCCCACCCCGGCGUCAUCUUCCUGCAGGUGGGCGAUCCGUGGAAGGAUCACGACUGCUGGGAGAGGCCGGAGGACAUGGACACGGAGCGCACGGUGUACAACGUCAGCGCGGGGCGGCCUGGCUCGGACAUCGCGGGCGAGACGGCGGCGGCAUUGGCGGCGGCGUCCAUGGUGUUCCGCGACGACGACCCGGGGUACGCCGAGACGCUGCUCGCGAGCGCGAGGAAGGCGUUCGAGUACGCGGACACGUACAAGGGCGCGUACAGCGACGACCCGGACCUCAGGGCAGGGGGAUGCCCGUUUUACUGCGACUUCAAUGGCUACCAGGAUGAGCUGCUGUGGGGGGCGGCAUGGCUAAGGAGAGCCUCCAAGGAUGACACAUUCCUCCAAUACAUUCAGAACAACGGCAAGACUCUCGGUGCAGAGGACAGCAGCAACGAGUUCGGGUGGGACAACAAGCAUGCCGGCCUCAAUGUCCUUGUUUCCAAGGAGUUCAUAGAAGGCAAGGUGCUAUCUUUGCAGUCCUACAAGGAGUUUGCAGACAACUUCAUUUGCACGCUUAUCCCAGAGUCCUCCUCACCACACAUCACGUACACCCCUGGGGGCAUGCUCUACAAGCCUGGAGGCAGCAACAUGCAGCAUGUCACCUCCAUCUCCUUCCUUCUCCUGACAUAUGCCAAGUACCUCUCCAAAUCAUCUCACACUGUCAACUGUGGAGACAUUUCAAUUGGCCCUGUAACUCUUCAGCGGCAAGCCAAAAGGCAGGUUGAUUAUCUGUUAGGAGAUAACCCAAUGAAAAUGUCAUACAUGAUCGGGUACGGUGACCGAUACCCCCAGCGGAUCCAUCACCGAGCAUCUUCAUUGCCCUCGAUCAAGGACCAUCCGCAGCCCAUUGCGUGCAAAGAAGGCACGCCUUAUUUCAAUUCGUCUGGCUCGAACCCUAACCCGUUGAUCGGAGCGGUAGUUGGAGGGCCAGGUGAGGAUGAUGCUUAUGAGGAUGACCGUGCAGAUUUCAGGAAAUCUGAACCCACUACCUAUAUCAAUGCUCCAUUAGUAGGAGUGCUGGCAUUCCUCGUUGGCAACCCUAACCCUGGUCAUUUCAGACAUUAAGGUUCAGAUGUCAGUACCUUUGGCAUGUAGAUAUAUAAGGGUGGACGAAGUUACAAACAGGUGCAAGUGAAGCAAGAAAGUAGGAUUGUGACAGUGUGUUUAGAUGCAAUUAUUACAUAUUUAUAGGAGUGGAGUUUAUGCGAUAAGAAGAGUUUGUCUUGCAUGUUCCUUUUGCUUUUGUUGUUGGAUUUGUACAAGUAGCAUUUUUCACUGCACUUGUAUAGCCAUCGGUGAAAAGUUUGUACUUUUGUGUUUCACACGAAAGGCUCUCAAGAUACUCAUAUGGAAGAGUGUUUGAA